AAAAGUUUGGCGUGACUUUACUUAAUAAUUAGCGACUCCACGGUCUUGUUUUCUAUUGGCUCACAGGACCGAGUUCCACGAAUUCACAGGUCAAAGGUCACCUAGAUAAAGUCAGGAUGUGAAAGUAAGCAGAUCUUUUGUGCCCUUUCCCCUUCAGUGAAUCAACUUUUCUGCUAGGAAAAUUUCAUUUGCUUCCCGAUUGCUUUAUCUAAAAAAGUGUAGCUUUGUUUUGUUUUGUUCUUCCUUAUCGCCAUAGCAACAGGAUUAGGAGUAGUACAGUUAAACUGUAAGUGUUCGCACCUCUGCACAAGUUUUACAGCAUAAACAUCAUUUUUUAUUUCAUUUCUGCGUGUUGAUCAGAUGAGAGGAAAGAUACCGAAACUAAUUAACAAACUCGUUAAGAGGAUUUUCAUUCCCCGAGAGUAAUGACAGAGAAACUCCAACUAAAUGUUACAGGAUUGUCAGUGUGAAGCUACAAAUAUAUACAUAUAUUUAAAAAUAAAAAUAAUAAUAAUAAUAAUAAUAAUUUUAUUAACAUAGUCCUUUCGCUUCCGGUAGCUCCGACGCUGUAGAGGACGUACGCGGAUCCUUUUGUCCGGUUUUUUCCCCCAACAGCAUGAACCAUUUCUCCUUUCCGUCCGGUGAGACACUUCAGCAGUCAUCGACAUCACGUUAAUGACAUCAUAAGUUAGUCGUUGCCAUGGCAACAGUGACUCGAGGACACUUAAAGAAACUCAACUCCAGUCUGUUUUAACGUCAUGUUUUAAACAUCAGCUCUUACACACACACACACACACACACACACACACUGUCUCUCUCUCUCUCUUUCUCUCUCUCUCUCUCUCUGUGUGUAUCUGUCUCUCUCUCUCUCUCUUUCUCUCUCACUCUGUCUAUCUGUCUCUCUCUCUCUCUAUUUCUCUCUCUCUCUCUCUCUCUCUUUCUCUCUCUUGAUCGAUGAUUUAUGUACCACGCUGAUAUUUUUUACUAUCUCUACAUAUAAACUCACUGCAAUUAAUUUCUGGAAUCUUCUACAUAUACAUAUACUCUCAACUACAUAAAUAUUGGCACCUUUCAAGAGAACAGGAAGAAACGUUUGUAUAAAAUAAGUAAAUAUGAACACAUUUUUUACUCAUUCAGUUAGAAAAUUUUCUUUAUUUAUCUGAUACAAAAAGAAAUCAUUCUAGGCGAGAAACAGUGUGUUGGAUUUCUCUAUCAAGGAUGAAUAAGUGAGGAAUAAAAACACCAGGGUGGCAUGCUGUUACAGGAAAAUAAUCAUCACUUGUUCUCUCGAUAUAACGAGUGUGCAACAAAUUAUUAAAGGAGAUGUACAUCAUAUUAAGAAAGGGGGCACAAACUUUUGAACCAACGUCAUUUUGGUUGCUGAGGAGCAUCGAGGUGCACCGACUUUUGCACUUAAUUAUGAAUACAAAUGAUCUAAAGAACUGAUCUGCAGUCAGUCGACGUCUCACUUUCAUCUCACACACACACACGCACACACACACACACACACACACACACACACACACUGAGCGCUGCACCCACAACACUGUGAACUCACCCAGGCACAGUUUCCUCCAUAACAUUCAUUUAGUUGUUCCAGAUAGACACAAAGAGAAUGACGUGUGUGUGUGUGUGUGUUUGUGUGUGUGUGUGUGUGUGUAUGUGUGUGUGUGUGUGUGUGUUAAUUAAAGUGCAGUAAUCAGUCAGUCAGGUUUUGCUGUUUUGCUGCCCAGCAGAUUCAGAGGAAUUGAGCGAUCAUUUGUGAGGCACUUAGUUCAGAUUCACUAAUUACACACACACACACACACACACACACACACAUCUGAUUAAUAACACCAGUAAAGUAAAUUUUCAGGGCAGUAAACGAGUCGAUGAAUCUCAACGAGUUUAUUGAGGUUAUUGGCAAGAAAAAAAUAGUCAGCAAGUGUGUGUGUGUGUGUGUGUGUGUGUGUGUGUGAGCGAGAGAGAGAGAGAGAGAGAGAGAGACUAGAUAAGUGGAGAGACAGACAAAGAAAAAAGAGGAAGACAGAAGGAGAGAGAGAGAAGAAUGGAAGAGUGACAGAAGGAAAGAGACAAAACGAGGGAGGAAGACAGAAAGAGAGAAAAGAAGAAAGAAGGGGGGGAGAGAGAGAGAGAGAGAUAAUACAUAACGCUGCUCAGAUGAACUCCUCAAAUCACACACACACACACACGUAGAACAAGUGUGUGUGUGUGUGUGUGUGUGUGUGUUCAAUAAGAAGCUUUCCCAGUCACUCCAGGUGUCUGUCUCCUGCUGAGUGUGUCCUCGACGCCCCUUUACACACUCCACUCUCUCUGAUCCGUGUGUGUGUGUGUGUGUGUGUGUGUGUGUGUGUGUGUGGUGAUUUCGCUGAGUGGGCGGGGCUUAGGUUUCAUUAGAUUAACCAGUCGUCUGGAACAAAAUGGAGAACUUGUUAUUUAUAAUGUAUUGUUAUUAUUAUUAAUAUUAAUAUUAGUAUUAGUGAAGAAUGAUGGAGUGUGUUUGGGGUUUAAUAGCUGCUGGAAUAAAAACAUCAUUUGUUAGUGCGCGCACACACACACACGCACACACACUCCUUCGCCUUCCUUCCUUCCUUCCUUCCUUUUCUCUUUAUGUCUGGCAGAAUUGCAGGAACUUUGCCUUUUGUUUAUUUGUUUAUUUGUUUAUCUCCUUUCCUCCUCCUCGAUCUCUUCAUAACGUGAGCGUAAAGAUUUCAAACACACCACAAGGUGCAAUAAAUUCACAGUAAUAAUAAAAAUAUGUUCUAAUGUUUUUAUCACAGUGUGUGAAUGACAUGGUUUUAGCUCUCCAUUGCUUCAGCUCUUGGCUGUGUCUCAAUUCGUACGCUGUAGAACAGCUACAGUAAAAUUUAGAUAAUAACAUUUUGAUCUCACGUCUUCUUUCCUUUUGCUUCUUCACAUCAUCAUCUCUAGUGGUAAUAAAUAAUCUGUACAGAAUUACUACUCCGACUUUCUCUUCAUCUUCAGUUCCUGUUCCAGUUCAGUUCAGUAUUCUGGUCAGGGAGGUGGUGGAUCCGGAGUCUGUCCCGGGAAUACUGUGUGUGAGGUGGGAAUACGCCCAGGGUGGUACAUCAAACACACACUCACACACUCAUUCACACCUAUCCAUGUUUUUGAGAGGAAACUGGAGAACCUAGAGGAAACCCACAAGAACAUGUGGAACUUUAAACAGACAGUAACCCGAGCUCAGGAACGAACCGGGAACCGUUUCAGGAACCCUGUGAGAAGACAACUUUACACACUGCUAUGUUUAUUAUCUAUAGAAAUUUUACUGAACUUGUUCUAUACUGUUCAUAUACAACAUGAAGUGCUCCUGAACUCUCCUGUUACUCAACACUGCCAUCUUGUGGCUAAACGCCCACAUUACACUUAACAUCCAGUGUCUUAAAGAUUUUAUCCUCAAACUGUUUUUGUUGUAGUUAAAGUGCAGUUAAAGCUGUACUUCCUUAUUUUAGGUGUGUGUAAAUCUCUUACAGAGUUCAAGAAGAUGAAAAUGUACACAACUGCUGAAGUUAUCUACAGUUCAGUUUCAGUUUACCCAGACAUUAACCUAAAUCAUCUUAACAAAUAAACUACACACAACAAAAAGAAGCUAAAUGAAUAAAUCACACACUGAAAUGUUAACCAUCUUAACUGAUGAUGAUGACGAUGAUGAGCAGCUGAUCUUCGUCGUUAUCCUCAUUAGUGCUGAUUGAGUGCACUACGUUUUCUCACAUGACUGUAAGAGCAGUAAGUGAACAAUGCAGUGAACAGGGUUUCAGUUUACGAAGUGUCCCAGUUCCCUUGUGCCCUUUUGUCCUGCUUUCCUAGCUGUACAGUUUGGGAUUUCCCGAACGUCCCAGUUCCCGAGUGUUCCAGCUUCCUAGUCAACGAGAGUCAUAGUUUCAUUGUCUUGUAUUUAUUUGAUCUCUAGUGGCCUUGUUUCCUAAUUCCCUGGUGUCCUGGUCUCCUAGCUCCCUACACCGAUGUUCAGCCAAUGUCCUCGUUUCUAAUUCUCUGCUUUCUGUGUUUCCAAGUUUCAUAUUAUUCCAGUUUUUUAGUAACUGAGUGUCAUAAUUCCCCAGCGUCCUCUUUUCCUAGCUAUCUGCUUUCCUGGUAAUUUAAUACCAUCGUUCGGUAAUCUAGAUUCCGAUUCUCUCGUGUCCUAACCUGCUGCUUCUACAGUAAUCUGUUUUCUCAGUUCCUCGAUGUCCUAAUCUCUUAGCUUUUAUUAAAGACCUAGCUCAGGGGUCUUUAAUUAAAAUUUCUGAAGGUCCACUAAGAUAAACUCCAGAAGGAACUGGUGAUGAACUGCUGAAUGAUAACAGGUUCCUGUUUUUAAUGAAAGCUCAAACGCUUUUCUGUUCCUCUACUUGGGAUCCCAGUCUAGUCUUUAAACCUUCUUCUAAACCAGAGGAACUCAAAUCUAAAUCUCUGUGGUCCACUUACCAAUCUUCCACUGAGCUGAAGGUCCAUGCAGCAGGACGACUGAGCAAGUGUAUGCCUCAUCAACUACAGAACUAUGUAAAGAAUAAAAACUCUGAAAUGUUCUGAGGAGCUGCGUGUGGAAGUGUUUUGUUUUAGUGUGAACAGUGACACCUUUCGUCUUUAACCACGUCUUUAAACUUGGGCACAAAAGAUGGAGAUAAUGGUGUAAGCUUUUGGUUCUCACCUCCGUGUUCUGUGGUUAACAUUGUUCAAAAUACAUGUGCUUUGUUUCAGAGCAAAUGAAGCACAUAGGUUUGGUGCUAAUGUUAGCGAGAAUAAAUUCAUUCUUUUCUGUCCGGUCGUCUUUAAACACACGGUUUUCACCCUCAACCUUCCUUUUCUUCGGAUCUGACAAUCUGGAACACGCCAUUUUUGUAGCUCUUCCAACAUUUACUAAUUUGCUAACGCCAAAACAAAUUAGCUACCUGACAAACGUCAAACGUUGAAACAUUGAAACGCUGUUACGUUAAGACCGGAGAGUGUGGAAAUACAGCGUUGUCAUAGCGAUGCUGUUACACUGCUCUGAUUGGACGAUGUUGUCACAACAGGUAAGAACAGAAAGGGAGUGAAAGUACUGAAGUCCUGGACAUCUUUCUGCUUGUUCAUAUGAUUCUGUUGCAGAAAUUUAACACGCUAGUUUAAAGGGACAUUCACACCAAACCUUUAUACAUGUUAGCUUACACAAUCACUCAGCCACGUGUCAGAUAACUAGCAUGAAGAUCUUUAGACCUCGCUCCGGAUUGGACUGUCUUUAGGUCCGAGUCCGGACCGGAGUCUGCCUGUGAAACUGUAUCCCUGUUCUAAACCUUCUUUCAUUGUUUCAGACCAGAGAGAGUGAAUAAAGUGACAACGCUGUGACUUUACUCUUAACUGACCCAGAGCCAUGUCUCACUCUCUAAUCUCCUGGUUUCUAGUUAGCAUCACACUUCACUAGUCUCCUGGUUUCUUGUUAGCACCACACUUCACUAGUCUCCUGGUUUCUAGUUAGCAUCACACUUCACUAGUCUCCUGGUUUCUUGUUAGCAUCACACUUCACUAGUCUCCUGGUUUCUUGUUAGCACCGCACUUCACUAGUCUCCUGGUUUCUAGUUUCCGGCUCAUUCACCUCUCCAGUGUCCUGAACUCCUGAUGUUCUAAUAAUUGUGAAUAAACGUUAUGAAUAAUCAGCAGUGAUCAGGAGACAUGCUGAAAAAUGACUCCAUUUAUGUGAUUACUGCCCCCUGGUGGCCGCAGCUGCUGUGUGUGACUAUCACUUCAAUUCUUCAGUUCAGUUUUAUUUGUAUAGCGCUUUUAACAAUGAAUAUUGUCUCAAGGCAGCUUUACAGAACAGAACAUAUCACUCAUGGGCUAGAGUGCAUCCCAAACCCUGCUCCCCUGUUCCUCAGCGCAGUGGACUGAUCCGUUUCCAUGGAAACGCGCAAUUCAAAUUCAAACCUGGAGAACGUUAACUGAAGUUUGUGCGCAUGCGCGUACUGCACAACGAGAUAAAUAAAUGUUUUUAUUGCACACACACACACACACACACACACACACAGAGCUUGGUGGUCCAAUCAGAGCUUUAUUAUAGGAGGUUACAAUUGAAGCGUCAUCAUUAAGGGGCGGGGUUUCGGAACAACCUGCAAAACAGACGCAGGUUUAGGGCGCGCGCGGUGACGGUCAGUCCAGCACGCAGGAGACGCGCGCGCGCGGCCGGUGCUUCAGGAUGUAGGACCUCGACACUGAACCGAGAUUAACUUCCUGUUUUAAGUGCAGAGGAUUCAUUCAUUCAUUCAUUCAUUCAUUCAUUCGUUUAUCAAGCUUCACGCAGCUGCGGGGACGCGGAGGUGAAGAGUGCGGGUGUGACUGCGGGAUGCGCGCGCGACUCACUGCCGAGUCGGUUGUGCACGGGAUCACGCGCGCAUGCGGGAGAAAUAAUGAUCCACAUCCCUGUGUGUUUGGAGAAAACAGACGGGUCUCACGCACUGCACCCGCGUUGUAACACAGCUGCAGACUCGCCUUCAUCCACAGACUGUGAGGCCUUUCAUUCGUUUAUCCGCGUGCUCUGUAUAAACACAGCAUGGGGAGCGGUUUGUCCACGGUGGCCCCGUUCCAGUCGCUGCACGUGGUGAUGCUCGGGCUGGACUCGGCAGGAAAGACCACGGUUCUGUAUCGCCUCAAGUUCAACGAGUUCGUGAACACGGUUCCCACCAUCGGCUUUAACACCGAGCGCGUCCGUCUGAACAACGGCGCCGCGCGGGGGAUCAGCUGCCACGUGUGGGACGUGGGCGGCCAGGAGAAGCUGCGUCCGCUCUGGAAGUCCUACAGCCGCUGCACGGACGGCAUCGUGUACGUGGUGGACUCGGUGGACGCCGAGCGGCUGGACGAAGCCAAGGCCGAGCUGCACAAGGUGGCGCGACUCGCCGAGAACCAGGGAGCGCCUCUGCUCAUCAUCGCCAACAAGCAGGACCUGCCCGGCUCCCUGCCCGCCGCCGACAUCGAGAAGAGGCUGGCGCUGCGAGAGCUCGCACCCGCGGCCGCCUACCACGUGCAGCCCGCCUGCGCCAUCAUCGGCGAGGGUCUGCACGAGGGCAUGGACAAGCUGCACGACAUGAUCACCAAGCGCAGGAAGGCACUGAAACAGAAGAAAAAACGAUAAACCCGUUUCAUAUUUACAGCUUACAACUGACUGCAGUUUUUAUACCGCAAGUGUGUUUAUAGAAUUAACCAAAUAAAAACUUCUCAAAGGAUUAAUUUCAGGUGAAACUUUACAAAAAAUUAUUCUUUUCACAUAGUGACUGCAAAUAAACUGCUGCUGAAAGAAACACACACGAUAACAUCUUCUCAUACAUCAUAUAUCUCUAUCAUAUAUACUAAUGUAAACAAACCAAACCGAACUGCAGAUGCCAAAAAAAUAAAUAAAUAAAUAAAAACUAUUCGCUGGAAUAAAAGCGAAAGCGAUAAUCCAGGGAAUUUAAUGGAUUGUGAUGACUGGAUUCUCGAAAAGUACAGAAUUUAAGACGCUCAGUUCCAGACCUGACCUUCAAAACCGGUUUGAACACAGUUGCUUGUCAAAGUAUCCAAAACUUUAAGAUUAUAAUUCUUAAACAUUAUAAUUAUAUUUUAGCGCUGCGCAAUAUGACUAUAUAAUAUCGAUAUUGUGAUGAUGAUGUCACGGUACACUUUUCUCAGAUAUCGCGGAUAUCGUCAGUAUUUUUUAUAACAAAUAGAAAUAUUGAUUAGGUGUUAAAUUUAUACUGAAUCAUUAAAAAUUGUAAAAUGUUAAAAUUUGAUAUCGAUUUUUAUAUGUUCCGCUUUAUUUUCAGCGUUUUCUGUUCUGUAAUGUUCCAUUUUUGUAGGACGUCAAAUAAAAGUAUUUCAUAGGUGUUCUGUUGAUGAAAAGUUCAGGAAUUAAAAAAAAAAAACUCCGAUAAACAGCCAGAAUAAUAUUGUACAAGUUCAUAAUAAUUAAAAAACCAGCAAGAAAACCAAACAGAAAGUCUGGAGAGUUUUAAAACAGAUAUAUUUAUAUAAAAAAUGACACGACUAACUGCAGAUCCGAAACAAACUGUAAUUAAUAUUUCAGUGAGCGUAAUAAUAAAACACACAGUGUAUAGAACUGUAUUAUCAGACACACAGUUAACUGAAAUACAGCUGAAUUAAACUGCAAGCGCAAAAUAGAGCAGAUUUCUGCAUGUAGGGAUUUAAUUUUCUAUAUUUAGCGACUGAAAGGCCUGAUUAUGCUUUUGAGCUACAGAGAAUCUGUAAUAAGGAAGAUGUGCGCUAAGAAUAAUGAGGCGAAUCCUGAAAUAUGGUUUAAUUACCCGGAUAAUUAACUGUAGCAUCGUUAUAAUGAAGUGAAGAACAGGUUUCUCUCGUGCAGAGACUGAUCAAGCUGCUGCUGCUGCUGCUGCUGUUUCAGGCGAGAACAAUUCCAUGUUCCUAUAAUUACGUGAUGUAAUUUAAUAAAAUAUAAUAUAAUUUAAUUUCGCAGGAAGAAACACCACUAAUCGGAGGUGAAAAAUAAAAACAGGCUGGUUCCUGUUGCGUAGCUGCUUCACCUGUUUCUAUAUAAAUGUAGCUUUUAUAUUAAUCCCGUUAAAGCUUAGAUAUAAAACGUUAUAUUACUGAGCUACGGUCCAACGCUGGAAAAGGAUCAGAGAUAACCCGAUAACAGAUGUGUGCCACAUGUUAGACCGUUUACGAGUUUGAUCCUGUUCGUUCAACAUGAUCAGUGAAGUUCCUCAGCGGUUCCUCAUCAGAUCUGCACCACGUCUGCAGCUCUUAGCUCUUAUCUCACAUUAGUGUAGGUUAUAA